UAAACCAAAAUUUAGCCAAUUAGAUAUAGUUUAGUUUAUUUUCUAUAUUAAAAAGUUCUUAGAAUUAUUUAAUAAGAAAUGACUGAAACCAAAGUGAACGGGGCAAUAUGUGAAUCUGAGCCAGUUUGCAAUGUAAAAUCACCGUAUAAACGUGAGUUGGUGUGGCGUAACAUAACAUUAAUGGCAAUAUUGCAUUUGUCAGCUCUGUAUGGCUUUUAUUUGUCCAUAACUGUGGUUCAGUUUAAGACAAUUAUUUUCAUGAACUUUAUUGCUAUGUUUUCAUCGAUGGGUAUUCAGUGUGGGGCUCAUAGGUUAUGGUGUCACCGGACAUAUAAAGCCAAACUCCCCCUUCAGGUCAUACUAAUGGUGUUGCAAACAAUGGCCCUCCAGAACGACAUAUUUGAAUGGAGUCGCGACCAUCGCCUGCACCACAAGUACUCGGACACCGACGCCGACCCACACAACUCCAGUCGGGGUUUCUUUUUCUCACACGUCGGUUGGCUUUUAUGCAAAAAACAUCCUGACGUUAGGGAUAAGGGAAAGACACUCGACAUGACAGACCUGGCUAACGACCCACUGGUCAAGUUUCAAAGAGCUUUUUAUAUACCAUUAGUGGCAUUAAUAUGGGGAGCGAUUCCCACGUAUAUACCCUAUUAUCUAUGGGGUGAGUCCGUGUGGAAUGCCUGGUUUGUUUGUGUUAUGCUCCGGUACACAGGGGUGUUAAACUUGACUUGGUGUGUUAAUAGUGCUGCCCAUAUGUAUGGCAUGAAGCCAUACGACGGUAGUAUAGUACCGGUUGAGGCGGAUAUGAGACACUAUUUAGUGGGCGAAGGUUUUCACAACUAUCACCACACGUUUCCCUGGGAUUACUCGGCCUCUGAGUUGGGUUUCAUCGACGCCUUCAAUCCUGCGACAGCUUUCAUCGACUCGUUUGCGUCAAUUGGAUGGGCCUAUGAUUUGAAGAAAGCAUCGGAUGAUAUGGUGAAGAAGCGACAGACCAGAUGUGGUGACGUUCACUACAAACAUAAAUCUCGAUUUAUGGAAAACUUCACUGGCUCAUUCGUGUUGGCACUUCCCAUGUGGGCUCUAUUCCUAAUCCGACUAAAUGUAUGGCUUUUGUUAUUAGUAGCGGUC